AUAAUCCCCUCCAAAAAUCCUAAUCCCGGCGAGCCACGCGUCCAGUGGCUAUAACCACAUCCCAGUAAUGGCCGCCGCCGCCGCCUUUGCUCCGGCCACCAUCACUCUCCGGUUUAGCUCUCACUCAACCCUACGUUUCUUGAAAGCAAGUUCUAGGUUCCUUCUGGUGCCCCCGAAGCCCCAUGUUCUCCCGCCAAAAUUCCAAUUCCAUGGCGCUUCGGUCCCGUUCUCCGGCGAGGAAUUUGGUAAGAGGCGCUUCUGCAGUGUGGUUUCGGCUGCCCUUAAGCAGUCUGGGGAGAUGGUGACCGCCGCCGAUGCUGCGGAGCAGCCGGCAGGAGGAUUAGGGAACAGAGUUGGGAAGUUCAGGAAGAAGUUGAAGAUUGCCGAUGUGAAAGGCGGCCCUAAUGAAGGUUUGGACCGGGUUGGUCAGACUGUGGUUGUAAUGGGGUGGGUCAGGACACUUCGGUUACAGAGCAGCGUCACAUUCAUGGAGGUUAACGAUGGUUCUUGCCUGUCAAACAUGCAAUGCGUACUAAACCCAGAAGCUGAAGGCUAUGAUCAGGUAGACUCUGGUUCCAUAGUUACCGGUGCUUCAGUUUGUGUACAAGGAACUAUAGUUGAGAGCCAGGGGUCGAAGCAAAAAGUGGAAUUGAAGGUCAACAAGAUUGUUCUGGUUGGCCAGAGUGAUCCAUCAUAUCCAAUGCAGAAGAAAAGAGCCACCAGAGAGUUCCUGAGAACGAAAGCACAUCUUCGUCCUAGAACAAAUACAUUCAGUGCGGUUGCCAGGGUGAGGAAUGCUUUGGCUUAUGCUACCCACAAAUUUUUUCAAGAAAAUGGGUUUGUUUGGGUCUCAAGUCCUAUUAUCACAGCCUCAGAUUGUGAAGGAGCUGGUGAACAAUUCUGUGUUACUACAUUGAUUCCAAGCUCUCAAGAAGUGACUGAUUCACCUGUAGAUGGCAUUCCAAAGACAAAGGAUGGACUGAUUGAUUGGUCACAAGACUUUUUUGGAAAACCAGCAUUUUUGACAGUGUCUGGCCAGCUCAAUGCUGAAACAUACGCUACUGCUCUUUCAGAUGUGUAUACAUUUGGCCCAACAUUUCGUGCCGAGAACUCCAACACUUCGAGACACCUGGCAGAGUUUUGGAUGAUUGAACCAGAACUUGCAUUUGCGGAUCUUAAUGAUGACAUGGCUUGUGCAACUGCCUAUCUCCAGUAUGUAGUCAGACAUAUCCUUGAAAAUUGCAAGGAAGACAUGGAAUUUUUUAAUACUUGGAUCGAGAAGGGGAUCAUUGAUCGUUUAACAGAUGUGGCUGAAAAGGAAUUUGUGCAGUUGACAUACACUGAUGCAGUUGAACUUCUUCUUAAAACAAAUAAGAAGUUUGAAUUUCCGGUGGCAUGGGGAUGCGAUUUGCAGAGUGAGCAUGAGCGAUACAUAACUGAAGAAGCAUUUGGCGGAUGCCCUGUCAUUAUUAGAGACUACCCAAAGCGAAGAAAAAUCGUUAUUUGGGUUUACACGAAUUUUGUUUACUUCUUCCAGGAGAUCAAGGCAUUUUAUAUGCGUCAAAAUGAUGAUGGAAAAACGGUUGCUGCCAUGGAUUUGUUGGUUCCUCGGGUGCCUUCAAGGGCACUCUUUCAAACAUUGAACUAUAAGUUAUUUACAUACAGAAGUUUAGGGUUCUUUUUUCAUAUUGGUCAGAUCGGGGAGCUGGUUGGUGGAAGCCAAAGAGAAGAACGGCUCGGAUAUCUAGAAUAUCGUUUAGAGGAGUUAAAGCUCAACAAGGAGAGCUACUGGUGGUACCUCGAUUUGCGGCGUUAUGGUUCAGUUCCUCAUGCCGGGUUUGGGGUGGGAUUCGAGAGGCUGGUGCAGUUUGCAACUGGAUUAGAGAAUAUCAGAGACACAAUACCAUUCCCUCGAUCUCCUGGCUCGGCAGAGUUUUGAUUUCAAUUAGAGUUUGGCUCUGUUCCUUGCUGCCAUGGGAUCCAAAUCAAAAGACUCUUCUUGUGCUGCUUCGUCUAUAUUACCAUUGUCCUUUUAGCAUUUUUUUGCUGUAUUUUUCUAGGGUAAAUGCCACGGUCAUUGAUAUUACUAAAUCAUGUUAUGUUUAGUCACUAGAGAAAAUUAAUAUUAAUUUUGGUCACUGGAAUUACUAAAACAGGUCAUAUUUAGUCACUCUCCCGUUAGUCUUCGUCCAACCCCGGUCACUCGAAUUACUGAAACAUGUCACAUUUAGUCACUCUCCGUUAGCCUCCGUUCAACUCCGUUAAUGGAGUUGGACGAAAAC